UUAGUAUGUUCUCCAUCGUGUCAGACUCAUGUUCGCUGAAUUAUCUUAGUGUCAUUUCUCGAAAAUUUUCUUGUAUUACUGAACGCAGAAAAGUCUGACAGAUUAUUAAAGACCUUUUGAUACACCGAAAAAAAAUUUCUGAACCGAGCAUCUUUUUUUAUUACAUAAAAUGCCGAAAACCAAAGUUCAAAAUACAUUCAGCAACAUACAAAGUGUGGUGCUAAAUACAAAGAUUAAAAUAGUUUUCAAGAGUAUACUGUAUGCUGUUCUAUCUUCGAUGUUAUUGUCGUUGCUGUUAUCAUCAUUUUCAUUCUUCCAAAGUGCAUCCCCAGAAACAGAAAUAUCCCCACCGAUGAAUUAUCAACUGACGUAUUGGAUUUUUUCCAAAGGAAAAGAUGAAAGUCAUUUAAAACAUAUUAUUAUGAUUCUAGAAAAAUUGGGGUAUCGUCGAGGAAAUAAUGAAUCUCACUGGGAUUUAUUAUGGGCUCAUGAUUACCCAUUUAGAGUACUUGCAAAUAAUUUAAAGUAUCUCCAGAAACAUCAGAAAGUCAACCAUAUUCCUGGUUGUGGGUUUAUUACUAAUAAAGUUGAACUUUCGACUACAAACAUCGAAUAUCUUCCUACUUCAUUUAGGAUACCUCAAGACAAAGAAAUAUUUCAUGAAUACAUCGCUCUGAAUCCCCAUAAGUUAUUCGUUGAAAAAUCAAAUUUUCAUCGCGGGAUUAGUAUUAAACGAGUAGAUAGCAUUAACUUUGAUGACAAAGAAGUUUUUAUACAAGAAUUUAUUGAAAGGCCUUAUCUGAUAGAUGGUUAUAAAUUCGACGUCGGAAUCUAUACUGUUAUUACUUCUGUUGACCCGUUAAGAAUUUAUAUUUACAAAGGCGAUGUUUUAUUUCGUUUCUGUCCCCAUAAAUAUUAUCCAUUCGAUCCUGAAGAUGUAGAUAAAUAUACUAUAGGUGAUGAUUAUUUGCCGAUUUGGAACAUACCUUCUUUAAGAAAAUACUAUGUUAACAUGGGGUUUUCAAUGAAAGAUUCAUUCGAUGCCUAUGUUAAAUCCCGCAAUGAAGAUCCGAAUAAUGUCUGGAACAAAGCUUACGAAGCAAUUCAACGAGUUGUUUUGAAGAAAGAAAAACAAAUUGCUGAUAGUAUGAAACAAUUUAACAAUAACGCAGAGCAUUUUUUUGAAUUAGUUAGAUUUGAUUUUAUUAUUGAUGAAGAUCUUAACGUUUUCUUAAUGGAAGCUAAUAUGUCUCCUAAUUUAUCAUCAGCUCACUACCCUGAAAAUCAUUUACUGUAUGAACAAGUGCUUUUCAAUCUUUUUGCUUUGGUCGGCAUCGGCCAACGUAUUGAUCCAAGCUUACGACGUUUUAGUUCAUGGAGGGAUCAAAAAAUAGAAGUUGCUGAUAAAAAUUUAGUUGUCUUCCCAGAAAUUUGUUCUGAAUGCACAGAGUGCGUUCGUAUUCAGUGUAAACUGUGUAAGUCUUGUUUUACUGAAGAACUAAGACUCAUUCUACGCCAAAGUUAUAUCGAACAUCAAAAUAAAAUGGACUACAAAAGAAUUUUUCCUACUAAUACUAUACAAACGAAUUCAUUGAGCAAUUACACUUUGAAAAAUCAGUUGUUGAUCGAAUGGUACAGAGGCAAAUGUGCAAUAGACCCAUCAUGGUGCUACUAAGUAUAAAUUUAUAAUAUUUGAUGUUAUUUAAGUCAUUGUUAUGUCUCGGCCUACACUUUAGGUCUUUUUGAUAUUUUUUUAUGAAUGGUAUUGUGAAAAUAAAUAUACUU